UCCAAGCGGUGGUUUCUUGGUGGCGGUUCGCACGCCGCGCUAUUUUUAAUUUUAAUCCGUAACCAGCACCGAAAGCGUGCACGGCGUUGCGGCGUGCAUUCGUGCGUGCGUGCACUCAAUCGAUUCACGAUCGACGGAACUGAAUAUCGCGCGCGGUUCAUCGUACGCUACCCCGUUGUCACCCCUUCUCCCUUCCGGUCGUUUACGCGCGAGUGUUGCUGUGAGUGAGAAAGAAAACAGCGAACCUAUCUCCGCGAGAGUGAGUGAGAAAGCGUGUUGGUCGCCUACUUUACGCACGAAACUCCCGUGCGACGAGCGUGCAACAAGAGAGGUAGGGGAAGAGAGUGUAGGGGGAGUUCGCACACCUCCCACUCCACCCCACCGUCACCAGCACAACGCGAUCGAACCGCAAAUCGAAAACGCAGCAAAACGCAGCGCCAGCGUACAAGAAUGGUGUUCUCCAACUUCUCGACCACCUCCUACCUGCCGCUGGACAACGACCAGAGCGUAACGUUCUACAAGAACGAAAAUCGCCUCUUCCCAACCGCUAUCGUCGCCAGCCCGGGGGCCCCAGCAAGUCUACGUGGUCUCAUGGCAGCGGGCGCCGCACGAGCCAGCACGAGCGGUGGAGGGGGCCACUCCGGUAGCGGUACCGCCAACAUGAGCACAACCGAUAUGCUCACCGCAGCAUACCACGAGCAGCAACAACAGCAUCAUCAUCAUGCGAUCGAAGGUGGUGGUAACAACGGCGGUGAUUGCCCUUUCGGGCGAGUUCAAUCACCAGCCGGAGCAACCACGGCAGCAGCAGCAGCAGCAGCAGGAGCAGCAGCGAGCGCGCAGCAACACCAUCAUCAUCAUCGCGUUACCGGUGGUGUUGCCAUGUGCGACGACUUUCAACCCAUCGCCUAUCUGAACGGCUCAUCCAACGGUUACUAUGGUUACGUCCCGACGCUGGCAACAACACCGCGCGGUGCCACCGGCGCCAGUGAUAUAUGUGGACCGAUGGCACGCUACUACCAGCAGCAGCAACCCGUGGACGACCUCGGAUCCGGAAACAACAACAACAAUAAUAAUAAUAACAACAUCAACAACAACAACGAGGAGAUCGGCUAUCACUUUAAUGGACACCAACAGUCACAGGCGGCACUGCAGCAGCAUAAUAGGAAGCGAAAGGAGAUCAGCACGAUCGGCGGGGACGAUGAGGCAAUGGACACGAACGGCACACAUGCGUGCGAUCAGCCGCUGCCGGUUGGCAGCGAGUUUCAUCCGAAACGGCGAAAGAUGGAAGCGGAAGACGGCACGCUUGCUAAUGGAAUGCUAUUCGCUGGCAAUGUUACGCAAGGAGACGCGUACAGCAACCAUCAUCAUCAUCAUCUUCAGCAACACGAACGGCAUCUUCAAUCGGGAACGGAAAUGGAAUACCAGGAGCACCAGCACCAUCGCCCGGCAUCACAGUAUCCUCACUACACCUUUCCGGGCACCGUACACCCACAGCACCAGCAAUUCCAUUCGCCUUCCUCGCUGACAAUGACCACUGACCAGCACCAGCAGCAAAUGGCGGGACCACACGGCGGCGGUGACACCACCAGCAAGAGUCAGGGAGCGGGCUUAGCCGCUAGUAGUAGCGCACCAUCCUCGGCUGCUGUCGGAGCAGCGUGUGUUCUACGGCGAUCCGAGAUCGAUCAGCAGCAGCACCACCGUGAUCAAGAUCUUUUCCAUAGCCUCCACGGUAGCGGUGGAAGUUAUCGCACCCUAGCGCCAAACACACACUGAUCACACUGAUCUUGGUACACGCGAUCGAUCGAUACUGCUGGGUAUCGUUUUAAAAAAGGGGUUUAGACGAGGCACGGGCUUUUGAUGAUCGCACUUAGACCUCUGUACUUAAGUUGAGCAGAAUCGGAAGAGUAGGCCACGCGCACAUCCGUCACGUGCUGCACGAAUGAUGCAAUCUUAGUAGUAAUAAGUUAGCAGGAGACUUAAGGUAGAGUAGUUUUGAUAAAAAACAAGGGAAAUCCUCCAAACUAACCGGUACGUCUGGCCGUACUUUCCUCUCGUAAGACUUUUUUUAAAGUAAAAUAAACGGAAGCUAAAGCAUAAGCGAAAACAGA